UCCGAAGUAGAACGGUCAAUGUGAUAGAAGACCGUCACACUUCUAACACAAUUCAUCCUGGCCGUCCUGUGCAUGUAUUCUACUAUGUUCUUUCUCAUGUAGGAAGUCAGUGACAGGUCCACCCAGCAAAUACGUAGUCUAGAAUUAACGUGUAUUUCUGUUAACACUCUCGUUCCUCAGCUAAACAGGAGCAUCUAAACAACGUAGAGCCACCAACACGCUAUCACGUAGUCUCUUGUUUACUCGCCUCGCUGCUGCGCUUUUCGCCGGAAAGAAAGAAACGCCAUACUUUUCGCGACUUCAGACAGGUCGGACUGUUCCUCGUUUUGUGUUGAUCUGGCUACCUGCUCAGGAAAAAAAGUCAGUGUUUGACGAAACAGUCUUUGAGAGUUUUUGCUAAAUUUGUUUUCUGGCAUUUUUAUCCAGAUAUUCUGAAAAAGACAGAUUUUUAGAACAACAAAUUAUACUAAUAACACAUACAUAGAAAUUGAAGUUUUCUGAAAUCCUUUAUUAUUAUCAUAUAAAGGAAGAAAUGUCAUGUCUUCAGUUUGGUUAUAAUUCCGCGCCUCCUACGGUCAACAACACCCAGUUACUAAUGCCGGGACAACCUGUAAGUGGACAGCCUCACUCAAACCCUACAGCGGGACAACCCUGCUGCGAAUCCGGACGUCCUGUUCUCUCCGACCCGCUUACGGGACAAACACUGUGUUCAUGCCAAUAUGACGCCCAACUCUUAAGUUACCAGCGGCUGGCAGCUACAGGGUUGCCGUUAAACAUCUACGGAACCGCGGCAGCAGCGGCCUACAGCGGAGACCAACCAAUUCUUCCUUUAACACCAGACCAAACAGCUUUCUACGCACCAACAACCAACGGUUUCGACAUCAAAGAAAAUUUGGAAGCCUGGAGAAGUCUUUCUUAUGCUGGGUCAAUGUAUUAUCCUUAUGAUUCGGCUACUUUAGGGAACUACCCAUUUCCUAACGGAUAUGGAAUGGAUUUAAAUGGAGCUAGACGAAAAAAUGCUACCAGAGAAACAACGAGCACUCUGAAGGCUUGGUUGAACGAUCAUCGUAAAAAUCCUUAUCCGACUAAAGGGGAGAAAAUUAUGCUUGCGAUAAUUACCAAGAUGACACUGACUCAAGUGUCCACGUGGUUUGCAAACGCCAGACGUCGUCUGAAAAAGGAAAACAAAAUGACAUGGUCACCACGUAAUCGGUGUGAAGACGAUGACAUCGACGAUGACGGGGAUGACGAAGCUAACAGAAGCAAAGGAGAAAAUAGAACAGACACAUCAAGAAGACGAAACGACAGUGAUGAUGAAGAGAGCAACGUCAGUAGAACAUUGGAGAGUUGGGAAGAGAAGCCAAACGUUGUUAUAUCUCGUUUAGAAGGCUCAGAAGAUUCAGGAAAUAUCGAUCAAUUAGAUGUCGAACAUGAUCGAGUUUCUUUUGAUAAUGAAUUGGCUACCAGCAAUACAAAACUUCCAGAAACCAAGAACGCAAUCAGCUCUUCACCUGGUGUUCCCGAAUCGUUGUGUUCUUCUUUCUCGCCGGGACAUUUUCCGUCAGCAAGUCGGUCCACUGACAACCACAGUCCAACUACCGAAACUUCGACUAAUCCUAUUAAACCUAAAAUCUGGUCCAUAGUGGAUACAGCAACAUCCAGCUCUCCUUCCCCCUUGGUGUCAGGUAAAUUAAAUCCCCUCCAAAGAACAACUCGUUUUGAUUACUUAACCCCUUACCCUAAGUCCACGUGGUGCAUAAGCUCCUUUGAGAAAGAUGCAUACCCUCUAAACUCUAGCAAUGGUCCACCAGCUGCACCUCUAACCAUUGCGACCUCACCAUCUCCAUCAAACUCGUCUCUAGUCUCGUCUACUGGUCUCUUGGAAACUUCAUCUUCGUCAGCAUCUCUUAACCUUCUACGUACAGCAGCUGCUGCAUUUUCAGCCAGUGACUUAAAUACACAGAAAUCAGGGUCAAGUGCUUCGCUGCCGGUGUUCAACCACUCUUUACCCGGGUCUCGUUUAAUCUCGUCCGUCUCGCAAACUCCUAUAUCCGCGAAUGUUCUGACGGCUGCUUCUAGUACGUCUGUAGUUUCUACUAUCCAGACUGGUGCUAGUUCCACCAAAAGCAUCACUUUAUGAUAAGAAAAGACAAAACGUCUUUAUGAACCUGCAAAUAAUAAACUCAGUGCUGUUGGCCGUUAUAGCUUUCUGUGAAACAAACAUCACGUAGUAGCUAAAACUCGAUUUUCACAUUAUUAUCGUUUCCUUCUGGAUUUCAAAAAUUAUGUUUUUAACUUACAUUUACAUUAUUGGUCAAAUGAUAUUCAGUAUGGAGCUUGACAAUAGAUAUAUGACAUGUGUACCUCAUAUUAAUAUAUUUAUGUGUUAUUAACUUCUAUCUGAAGUUUGGAAGAGAAAGUUAGCUAUUUAAUAUCAAAGGUAUUCACAACUUAUAUUUCAUAUCUCACAGUUCAGUUGAUUAAUUUCGUCUAAGGAUGCAAAUAUGUGGUACAGAUGUUAUAUAGAGUCUGGGACAUUUGGUUACGGACAAUUUUGACAUGGACUUUCUGUUACGAAAAAUAUUUCGUAAUGACAUCCAAGUUAUCGUCACAUCGUUACGGAAGGUUUCGUUACAAGUUGGUUUUGUGAUUGGUGAAUUUUGUUACUAGAUUCAUCACUAUGAUACAUAUAUUAUGUUUACAAAUGUUCAAGUUAUUAAAGGUGUCUUGAAUUCAAAUCAAAGUAUGUUAAAUUACAAUAAAUGUUUUUGUAGACCUAAAUCGUAAGUUAUGUUUUAUGUAACACUGUUCAUGACGACCCUUCCCUGUAACACAUCGUAAUACAGGCUCAGACACCCUCUCACCCCCAAGCUUUAUGUAAACUUUGAAUGGUUCCCAAAUGAUUCUACAAUUUAUGACCCAUUAUCAUUUUUUUAUUAUUUUCACCAAUCAAAUCUAUAUCUAAAACCUACCUGUCACAAAACGAGUAUUCGUAAGAAAACUGAUAUGUCAUAAAAAUGAUGAAACACGAAUGUACCCAUCACAAAUUGUCCCAGUAACUAAAUGUUCGUAACAAAAUAUCCGAUCCUGUUAUAUAUAUAUACCUUAACUGCUUUAUAAGGGUUUCGUAUAAUAUAUCGUCUAUUGGUGUCAUUUUGCAUAAAAAAGUUAUUAACACACACAGCCGAAGAAAUCAGUUUGUAGAAAUUGGCACGUUAGGUUAAUAUCACAAGGUAAUAAAUUAAAUGACAAGACACACCUGAAACAAUAAUAUUUGCGGUACGAAACAUAGAGAUUAAUAAUGAAAACGAUAUGUUUCCAACCCUAAGUGCAUUACAAAGUACAUUCAUAAUACAUAGCUUCGUAUCACUUAAAACGGUUUUAAAUAGAAAGAAACUUUAUUUCGUAUGGUUUGCUUUGGACUCAGACAUAAUGAGAAGUGCGUGAGUUUACUAAAACAAAUAAUGUAAAAAUUAAAUAUGCAGCUUGAAUGUUGUUUUCAAACUGCUUAAGUUUAUUUUUAAUUUUCAGUUCAAAGUUUAUAAAACGUGGAGUUUGAUCAGGUAGUAUAUACCGUGCGUAUAUUUAGGAAUGAUAUAACAUGCACAUGUAAGCCUGAAUCGGUACAUCACACACAGACACAUACACACAUAUAUAUACAAGCUUUAUUGACAAAACACGACUUAGAUUACUAACCGUGUCGACGAUGGAUAUCCGUAAGUAACUAAAUGUAGUGUAUUUCGCACAGAAAAAUAAUAAACCUUUAGUAACAUUUUCUACGUUUGAUCAAAGUUAACAGAUGAAAAGUUGUACAUGUUUUUAACUCUUUAUUUUGUUUAUCCGACAUAAAUAAGGUUUAUUAUUAUAUUUGUUAGAGUGCUUACUAAUUUCCCGAAACACAAUAUACAUAAAUGAAGAAACCGGAAAAAUCUAUGUGUAAUAAGAACAUAAAGCAAUUAAACAGAAGGUGGAUUGAUUUCAAUGAGAAAUAUUUUGGAACAUAAACAGAAUUCUGAUACUUUGAAUAUGUUAAAUUUCUAUUUGUUACAAAAAAUAUUAUUAAGUAUUGCAUAAUUUUUUACUCGAAAAUUCAUAAUAUUAGAACACAAUUAUGUGUAACCAGUUGUUUUGCAUAAUACAAGCACAAAAAUUACCAGUAUAAAAACCUUGUCAUUUAUUUAUACGUACAAUACAUUGCUAUGAAAGUAUCUAGAGAGAACUCGUGUUACGACUUAUCAAGUAAGAGAACAUACUUGACACAAAAAAAAAUAUCCGUACAUUCUGCUUGUAUAUAUAUCAAGAAAGAUAUAAGUUAUAUUCGUUUAUAACAGUUAAACGUACUAUAUUUACUUUCAAAAGUUUACAACCAGGAAAAUAUUUAAAAGUAUUGGAACGACUAUAUUUUACAGCGAACACAAACGCCUAUUUUAAGCACAAUUUUACUUUUUACUUCAUCAUUCAAGUCGAACACCUUUCAUUUGUGAUAUUGCAUUGUAGGCAGAGGUUAAGUCCCAUUAGUCUAUUAUAUCGUAAUAACGUAUGGAAUAAUUAUAAACGCAAUUAAAAUAUACUUAGAGGCUUAUAUUUAUAUACGGGUUUAACAAGAGCUGCGGUGGUAUAACCAUCCGAAGUUAAUUUACUCGCAAUGUACACAUUUAAACAGGUUUGUCUUUAUUUCGGUGUAAUUAUAUAUAUAUGAUGACAAAUUUUGUCAAAACAAUUUCCACGAACUGAUCCCUCAUUUUGCAAGCUUAUUAUCGCGACUAAGUGCUUAAAUCUGCUUUUUUUUUUAGAAAUUACAGGUAAUAAUAGUUAUAGCAACCAAUAUCAGGAACUUUUGAAUUCAAUAUUUCAAAAUUAUGCAAAUAAUUUUGACACUUGUUAUGAAUAUUUUCGAGAGGAAAUUCAAUUUAUGUACUUAUUUUUAAGCAUAUGUAAUUUCAAUCACCAAUUUCUGUAAAUUCAUUUUCUUGAACGCACCAAGUCUUAAUUUUUUAAUGAAUUACUCAACUGAAUCUCUUAUUAUUUAUACCGAUGAUCACAAUGAAUCUUAUCAAUUAAACUCAACUUGAACAAAUGAUUUAACUUUAAUUUGUAUAUGGAACUAUAAAAAUGGUGUAUCCAACGUGUUCAAUGUAUCUUGUUUUUUACAUGUCGUGAUAUUUGUUUUACAUCUGUAUACAGGGAAAAAUUAUGAUUCACCUCCUGAUUUGAGUUUCCAUGAAACUGGGUGAAGUUAUUAUUUAUGAAGUGAUAUACUGUGAAUACCUUUGUUAUUUUCUGAACGAUAAAGUACAGUUAACCUUUUUUAUUUGUUUCAGAAGCACUUUAAUGUAAGCCUAAGAAGAAACUGAUUUAUAUAUAAUUUACGAAAAUAUAACAAUACUGAAAAAAGUUAACCUCAGUUGUAAAUAAAUAUGUACGACGUGUGUUAAUUCCUAAAAGUAUGUUACAACUCUUUGAGGAUGUGUUUACUCUUUCGUCUCAAGCAAGUUAGUAUUACUUAGCUUUAUAUAUAAUUGCUGCAGAUAAUUACUUGUGGUAUACAAAUUCUGAAACUUUUUCCACUUGUAUUUGCAUUUGUAUAUAAAAUAAAGUAGAAAAUAAAGCACAUUUU